GUAGCCCGGCCCCGGGAGCGGAGAGCGAGGGGAGGCGGAGACGGAGGAAGGUCCGACGAGCAGCCUCAGUGCCCGCCGAGCCGCCACCGCAGGUCGAGGACGGUUGGACUCCCGCGGCGGGAGGAGCCUGUUCCCCUGAGGGUAUCUGAAGUAUACCAUACAACUGUUUUGAAAAUCCAGCGUGGACAAUGGCCACUCAAGCUGAUUUGAUGGAGUUGGACAUGGCCAUGGAACCAGACAGAAAAGCAGCUGUUAGUCACUGGCAGCAACAGUCCUACCUGGACUCUGGAAUCCAUUCUGGCGCCACUACCACAGCUCCUUCUCUGAGUGGUAAAGGCAAUCCUGAGGAAGAGGAUGUGGAUACCUCCCAAGUCCUAUAUGAGUGGGAACAGGGGUUUUCUCAGUCCUUCACUCAAGAACAAGUAGCUGAUAUUGAUGGACAGUAUGCAAUGACUCGAGCUCAGAGGGUACGAGCCGCUAUGUUCCCGGAGACACUAGAUGAGGGCAUGCAGAUCCCAUCUACACAGUUUGAUGCUGCUCACCCCACCAAUGUCCAGCGUUUGGCUGAACCGUCACAGAUGCUGAAACAUGCCGUUGUAAACUUGAUCAACUAUCAGGAUGAUGCAGAACUUGCCACACGCGCAAUCCCCGAACUCACAAAACUGCUCAAUGAUGAGGACCAGGUGGUGGUGAAUAAGGCUGCAGUUAUGGUCCAUCAGCUUUCUAAAAAGGAAGCUUCCAGACACGCUAUCAUGCGUUCUCCUCAGAUGGUGUCUGCUAUUGUACGUACCAUGCAGAAUACAAAUGAUGUAGAAACAGCUCGUUGUACUGCUGGGACCUUGCAUAACCUUUCCCAUCAUCGGGAGGGCUUGCUGGCCAUCUUUAAAUCUGGAGGCAUUCCUGCCCUGGUGAAAAUGCUUGGUUCACCAGUGGAUUCUGUGUUGUUUUAUGCCAUUACAACUCUCCACAACCUUUUGUUACACCAAGAAGGAGCCAAAAUGGCAGUGCGUUUAGCUGGCGGGCUGCAGAAAAUGGUUGCCUUGCUCAACAAAACAAAUGUUAAAUUCUUGGCUAUUACGACAGACUGCCUUCAAAUUUUAGCUUAUGGCAACCAAGAAAGCAAGCUGAUUAUACUGGCCAGUGGUGGACCCCAAGCCUUAGUAAAUAUAAUGAGGACCUACACUUAUGAAAAACUACUGUGGACCACAAGCAGAGUGCUGAAGGUGCUAUCUGUCUGCUCUAGUAAUAAGCCGGCUAUUGUAGAAGCUGGUGGAAUGCAAGCUUUAGGGCUUCACCUGACAGAUCCAAGUCAACGUCUUGUUCAGAACUGUCUUUGGACUCUCAGGAAUCUUUCAGAUGCUGCAACUAAACAGGAAGGGAUGGAAGGUCUCCUUGGGACUCUUGUUCAGCUUCUGGGUUCAGAUGAUAUAAAUGUGGUCACCUGUGCAGCUGGAAUUCUUUCUAACCUCACUUGCAAUAAUUAUAAGAACAAGAUGAUGGUCUGCCAAGUGGGUGGUAUAGAGGCUCUUGUGCGUACUGUCCUUCGGGCUGGCGACAGGGAGGACAUCACUGAGCCUGCCAUCUGUGCCCUUCGCCAUCUGACCAGCCGACACCAAGAAGCAGAGAUGGCUCAGAAUGCAGUUCGCCUUCACUAUGGACUCCCAGUUGUGGUUAAGCUCCUACACCCACCAUCCCACUGGCCUCUGAUAAAGGCUACUGUUGGAUUGAUUCGAAAUCUUGCCCUUUGUCCCGCGAAUCAUGCUCCUUUGCGUGAGCAGGGUGCCAUUCCACGACUAGUCCAGUUGCUUGUUCGCGCACAUCAGGACACCCAGCGCCGUACAUCCAUGGGUGGGACACAGCAGCAAUUUGUGGAGGGAGUCCGCAUGGAAGAAAUAGUUGAAGGUUGUACUGGAGCCCUUCACAUCCUAGCUCGGGAUGUUCACAACCGAAUUGUCAUCAGAGGACUAAAUACCAUUCCAUUGUUUGUGCAGCUGCUUUAUUCUCCCAUUGAAAAUAUCCAAAGAGUAGCUGCAGGGGUCCUCUGUGAACUUGCUCAGGACAAGGAAGCUGCAGAAGCUAUUGAAGCUGAGGGAGCCACAGCUCCUCUGACAGAGUUACUUCACUCUAGGAAUGAAGGUGUGGCGACGUAUGCAGCUGCUGUUUUGUUCCGAAUGUCUGAGGACAAGCCACAAGAUUACAAGAAACGGCUUUCAGUUGAGCUGACCAGUUCUCUCUUCAGAACGGAGCCAAUGGCUUGGAAUGAGACUGCUGAUCUUGGACUUGAUAUUGGUGCCCAGGGAGAACCCCUUGGAUAUCGCCAGGAUGACCCUAGCUAUCGUUCUUUUCACUCUGGUGGAUAUGGCCAGGAUGCCUUGGGUAUGGACCCCAUGAUGGAGCAUGAGAUGGGUGGCCACCACCCUGGUGCUGACUAUCCCGUUGAUGGGCUGCCAGAUCUGGGGCAUGCCCAGGACCUCAUGGAUGGGCUGCCUCCAGGUGACAGCAAUCAGCUGGCCUGGUUUGAUACUGACCUGUAAAUCAUCCUUUAGGUAAGAAGUUUUAAAAAGCCAGUUUGGGUGAAAUACUUUUACUCUACCUACAGAACUUCAGAAAGACUUGGUUGGUAGGGUGGGAGUGGUUUAGGCUAUUUGUAAAUCUGCCACAAAAACAGGUAUAUACUUUGAAAGGAGAUGUCUUGGAACAUUGGAAUGUUCUCAGAUUUCUGGUUGUUAUGUGAUCAUGUGUGGAAGUUAUUAACUUUAAUGUUUUUUGCCACAGCUUUUGCAACUUAAUACUCAAAUGAGUAACAUUUGCUGUUUUAAACAUUAAUAGCAGCCUUUCUCUCUUUAUACAGCUGUAUUGUCUGAACUUGCAUUGUGAUUGGCCUGUAGAGUUGCUGAGAGGGCUCGAGGGGUGGGGCUGGUAUCUCAGAAAGUGCCUGACACACUAACCAAGCUGAGUUUCCUAUGGGAACAAUUGAAGUAAACUUUUUGUUCUGGUCCUUUUUGGUCGAGGAGUAACAAUACAAAUGGAUUUUGGGAGUGACUCAAGAAGUGAAGAAUGCACAAGAAUGGAUCACAAGAUGGAAUUUAUCAAACCCUAGCCUUGCUUGUUAAAUUUUUUUUUUUAAACUAUAUCUGUAAUGGUACUGACUUUGCUUGCUUUGAAGUAGCUUUUAAUUUUUUUUUGGCAGUAACUUAGUUUUUUAAGUCUCUUGUAGUGUUAAGUUAUAGUGAAUACUGCUACAGCAAUUUCUAAUUUUUAAGAAUUGAGUAAUGGUGUAGAACACUAAUUCAUAAUCACUCUAAUUGUAAUCUGAAUAAAGUGUAACAUUGUGUAGCCUUUUUGUAUAAAAUAGACAAAUAGAAAAUGGUCCAAUUAGUUUCCUUUUUAAUAUGCUUAAAAUAAGCAGGUGGAUCUAUUUCAUGUUUUUGAUCAAAAACUUUAUUUGGGAUAUGUAUGGGUAGGGUAAAUCAGUAAGAGGUGUUAUUUGGAACCUUGUUUUGGACAGUUUACCAGUUGCCUUUUAUCCCAAAGUUGUUGUAACCUGCUGUGAUAUGAUGCUUCAAGAGAAAAUGCGGUUAUAAAAAAUGGUUCAGAAUUAAACUUUUAAUUCAUUCAA